GCUACGGCCUGAUUUAGUAUAGACUUUGUUUGGGAAGGAUAAUGCAUUUAGUAUAGACUGAAUAAAAGUCCUGCUCUUCAUCACAGUGCGGAGAAUAAAUUCUGGAGGAUGCGAGUGGUUUCUUCACAGGUGAAUGAUUUCCAGGGUGAAAAUAGACCGAGGCGAGCGUGUUGUAGGCAAGUGAUACUUUAUAACGCUACGGACUGGGCCUCUUUUCAAGAUGGCAUCAAGUUCCUGCAAGUGCACGAGAAAAUUCAAUCUGAAUAUUUUAGUAAGAAGAUACUACUAUCCUAAAGUCCCUGGCUAAAUCGAAACCUGCGAACCGCAUUAAUACAAUAAUAUAACGUCGCGGUAAGCAAAGCCGACAAACAUAACAACACCCAUUGUUACGAGGCACACAGACACACAAAAUACGGACGAUAGCAUAUAAUCUAUGGCGAGUCUGGGUCUUGUCCGAGAGAAGAGAGUCAGGGGCCGAGAGAUUGAUAGGCCGAGAAUCGAAUGACAUUCUGCUAAUUGAUCGCUAGAUAUUUUUACUUCGCGAUAGAACUUUUAUCUUAACAACGUUUUUGCAUCAUGCAACAUGCAUUGCAAUCGUUUUUUUUAUAACGUCGAAUUUUCAGUUGAGGCUGGGCCGUUCUUAAAUUUUCGUGUAUGAACAUAAGACUACAUGAAUUUUUAGAAAAUGAAUUACACACAUUGCUGUUGUGGUUAACAAGACUCUGCACUUAAGAAAACAUCUUACUAACAAAAAACAAAUGACAAUAGUAAUUUAUCACUUAACUUCGUGAAAUCUUUCAAGGAAAUCGGAAAUCAGUGUUUGACAUUUUGAACUGGUUAAAUGGAAAGCUUCCUGGCCCGGUAACCUAUUCUAAAGAAUAGAAAUUUCCCCCUAAAACGGGUGGACAUAGUUAGAUCAGUAAUCCAUAAACUUAUUUGUCUUGAUGAUAUAAAAUUGGAAUGGUUGAUUAUCAUUUCACGGUCACACGACAAUGGCUAAGAUUGUCUCACAAAACAAAGUCUCGGAUGUGGUCAUAGAUUUAGACGGAAAGGCGAGGUCCCUUAGGCUUUGUUUUCAUUACCCUUAUGAUUGAGUCUUUUAUUGUUGCUGUGUGCAUGAGCGAGUUUUAUUGAAAAGCUUCACACAAAGGCAGUGAGAAGCAAGUUUUUGAAUUGGUAAUAAGGCUCGUUGGGCAGUUUACAAAACUCCAAAAAGGAUUAUUAAUAAGUCUUGACCUUAUCUGGACAUUGAUCUGUUGCAAUUUGUGAUUUAGCGUUUUGACCCGGAGGUGAAACAUUCCUAUACACAAGGUAGAGACAUCUCAAACCGCAUUAUCUAAGUGGUCGUAGUGGUACAUCAUGAAUGGAGUGAAGGCUAACGGAACAGUCCAUAAUGUGGAUGACAAAAAACCGGACGAAGACGUAGACGCCAUUGCCUUGGAGGCGAUUAAAAGGGUCAAGCGGAAGAGACAACACGCGAAAAUUGUCAUGAAUUAUGAAGACGAAGAUGACCAGAAUAACCAAGAUGGGGACACGGACGAACAGCAGGUGAGAGAUCAAAAGGAGAAUCUAGACGAAGAUAUAAAAGCUGCCGGCAAACUACAGAGACUCAACAAAGCAGUAAUGGCGGGAGAUAUGACCAAAUUUCUUAAACUAAUUGAUCAAAAACUCGGCAUAAAUCAAGCGGACAGUUUCGGACGCACCCCUGUCCAAAACGCCAUUCUAAAGAGCGACACGCGUAUGGUGGAGACGUUGCUUGGAAGCGGAGCUGACGUCGGGCACCAGGAUGACAGGGGGGACGCGCCACUACACUACGCCGUCCGGUCUGGAAGUGAGACAAUUCUUAAGUUGGUGUUAGGGAAUUGUAGCGAAGUCAACACAAAAGGAAGUAACGGAUGUACCCCACUUCACAUUGCAGCUACCCUCAAUAAACCAAAACUCUGCAAGCUGCUGAUCGAGAAUCAUGCCGACGUUAAUAGCACUGACAUUGAUGGCAAGACCCCCCUGGGGAAAGCGAUGGAGAGUGGAGCAGCAAAAUCAGCGGAAUUUCUUCUAGAAUACAUAAAGAACAAUCACUUGAAGCUGGACUCUUUCCUUUCCGACGCUGAUAACGAAGGCAACACGUUACUGCAUCUAGCGGUGGACAGCGGUUUUACUCGGGUGGUGGAAUUGUGUUUGGAUAACGGUUCUAUCAUCCGUAGACCCAAGCGCAAUGACCGAAGCACGGCGUUUCACCUCGCGUGUGAACAAGGCGCUACAGAGAUAGUACAACUUUUCUUGGAAAAGGACCCAAACUUAGCAAAAAUUCUCCUGGUGGAUGCGAACGGCACUACGCCUCUGCAUAAAGCGGCACAAACGAACAACCACUCCAUACUCCACCUGCUUAUUACAAAGGGGGCUAAUAUCAAUGCUCGAAACAAUGACAACGUGACCCCCCUAAUGAUGGCGGCUUCGAGGGGCUCAAAGGAUUGUGUGCGCAUGCUCAUGGAGAAUGGCGCUGACACAACAGUCAAGGAUGUUGACGGGCGCACAGCAGUCUUCAACGCUGUAGGAUAUGGCGUUACCAUGGAGAUCUUGUUGGAGGACCAGGCCCUUGUGCCUCUACUAACAGAAAAGGACGCUUCAGGCUACGCCCCGCCACAUUACGCCGCACAACAAGGCGACCUCAAGAGCAUUCAGCUGUUUCUUGAUCACAACAAGUCCACCGCGACCAUCUUGUCAGACUUUCAGGACACGCCCCUACACGUGGCAGCCAGGUACGGUUGGCACGAAGUCGUACGCGCUCUGCUCGACAAACAAGGCGCGAAAAUUGUCAAUCUCCAAGACAACCGAUCACGCACAGCUCUUCACUACGCAUGCGCCGGGGGACACCACAAAGUUGCCGCUGUACUUCUGGGAUUUGGUGCCGAAAUUGAAAAAGACCAAUCUAGCCGCACCGCUCUUCACGAAGCCGCCAAAAAAGGCAGCAAAAAGACAGUUGAAAAGAUUCUCUCCACCCACCCCCGCUGCCUCAACAAUUUCGAUGACGAUAAGAACACGGCCCUGCACGUGGCAGCAUACCAUGGCCACGCCCACCUCGUCAAGUACCUACUGUCUGUGGAGGGACAAGAGAUCCUCAUGAACUCGUCCGGGCAGAACGUGUUCGACCUUGCCGUGGACAUGGACCUGAGGGAGGUCGCGCAAGCCAUCGCCGAGCAUGACAGGUGGCGAGAGGUUAUGGAAUCCUGCAAGUCGGGAGUUCCGCGACAGAUGACAACUCUGAUAGAAAAGAUGCCGCUAGUUGCUGAGUGCAUCUUUGACCAGUGCGUUUCAACUGAGGGGGAUAUUAUGAACAAAGAUUACAAGGUGACAUACGACCUAAGCGUGGCCCUCAUCAAGAGUGAUCUGAAGGGUACCAAACAGAGGACAACUCUAUCAAUAAUGGAGCGUUUGGCACAGUUGCGAGUGGUUAGGCUCCUGAGACAUCGCAUAACCUUCACGAUCCUCAGCCAGAAAUGGAACACGUUCGGGUGGGUGUUCUUCCUGCUAAACGCGGUUCUCUUCCUGCUCUACCUUUUACCUCUCACAUAUCUACACGUGGCACUGAGAGAUAACGACGCCAAAUAUUGUGCAGCAUACAAUACUUCUGCACAGUCCGAAAAAGGAUGCGACCGAAACUUCUUGGAAAUGCAAAUUUUACAAAUCUACGUGGCCGUCAUGACUGGUGUUCUACUCCUAAAGGAACUCUAUCAGUUCUAUCUACAGUGGAGGACGUACUUUCUUCAAUUCACCAACCUGCUUGAGUUGUCCGCCUACAUUGCUGCCCUACUUUCCGUCAUUCCUUCCUGUGAGUGCAAAUGGGGCAGGCAGAAGACCGCCGCAGUGGUAGCAUUGUUCUUUGGCUGGAUUAACCUCAUUCUCUACAUCCAAAGGUUACCCGCAUAUGGAAAGUACAUCAUCAUGUUGUACAAAAUGUUCAUGACCCUGCUAAAGGUGCUGCUGCUGUUCGUCCUGUUCGUCGUCUCGUUUGGAUUGUGCUUCUAUCUGAUGAUUUACAGUGAUGAUUUCACAGACCUGCCCAACACUCUGAUGGAAAUGUUUAUUAUGACGCUUGGAGAGUUGAACUAUGGGGACAAGUUCCGGCCUUGGGCUAAUCUAAGCUACCCCUACUUGAUAAACAUCCUCUUCUUCCUGUUCGCGCUCACGAUGCCAAUCAUUCUAAUGAACAUGCUGGUCGGUUUAUCUGUGGGAGAUAUUGACGCGAUCGAGCAGAGCGCGCUCAUCGACCGUUACGUCAUGCAGAUUGAACUGAUGAGCUACAUUGAAAACAUUAUUCCCCGCUUCAUCCUUCGCCGUGUGACGUCAUACAAACGCGUCGAAUAUCCAAAUCACGGGGCCUCGGUACUAUCUAAGAUAUUCAAUUCUGUGAUCGGCUUCGGUGAAUACGAGGCACCUGAUGACGAAGAUGGCGACGAGCAAGGUGUUGUCAUAGCGACCAUGAAUGACAAGUUGGAGGAUCACAGUCAUGAAAUCCAAGAGAUGCACGACGUUAUCAAACAGAUGUACCAGAUGCUCAAGGAUUCCAAGAAACGGGAGUGACACGACGUGAAAUACUUGAGCCAUGUUACACAUGAACAUGUAGAAGCCGUGUGAAAUACUUGAGCCAUAUAACACAUGAACACGUAGAAGCCGUGUGAAAUACUUGAGCCAUGUUACACAUGAACAUGUAGAAGCCGUGUGAAAUACUUGAGCCAUGUAACACAUGAACAUGUAGAAGCCGUGUGAAAUACUUGAGCCAUGUUACACAUGAGCAUGUAGAAGCCUUGUGAAAUAUUUGAGCCAUGUAACACAUGAACGUGUAGAAGCCGUGUGAAAUACUUGAGCCAUGUUACACAUGAA